CUACAGCCUGAUGUUACAAUACCCUUAGCUCUUAUAGUCAGCAUGCCGGAACUAAAUGAGAACCCGUUCAGGAACAGGAUCGUGGAGUCCUUCUCUGAGGACGGAGCGGGGAACCUGAGCUUCAACGACUUUGUGGAUAUGUUCUCUGUCCUCAGUGAGACAGCCCCCAGGGAGCUCAAGGCCAUAUACGCCUUCAAAAUAUACGAUUUCAAUGUGGAUAACUUCCUGUGUAAGGAGGAUCUGGAGAAGACUUUGAACAAGCUGACGAGGGAGGAGUUGAGCCCUGAAGAGGUCACCCUGGUCUGUGAGAAGGCCAUCCAAGAGGCUGACCUAGACGGAGAUAGCAAACUGUCCUUCGCUGACUUUGAAAACAUGAUCACCAGGGCUCCUGACUUUUUAAGUACCUUCCACAUAAGAAUCUGAAAGGGCUCCUUGGGAAGGUCUAUAUUCUGAUUUUAUGGCAGAGAUCCUGACCAUGCAAAAACCACUGCCCACACACACCCUGACCACAGCACAGUGCCUCUCUGCGGCUACAGACAUCACUCUCCCUGGACGUCUGUCUGUAGAGAUGUCAGCUGAACCAGGAACAGACUGGCUUCAUGCUCACUAUGACCCUGGAUCUCUUCAUUUUGGUUGUCCUCUCUUAGACACACCCACAUUCUCUUUGGCCUCCCGUGUUUCCUCUUCAUUAGCCUGUUUGGUUUGAGGAUGUCGUUUAGUUUUUUUGUUGACGUUUAUAUGUCGUAGUAAUAUUAUUACUACAGCCUCUGAUGGAACGAUGAUGCUUUGUAUGUUUUCUUAAAACGACAGAGAAACAGAAGGUGAAAUGGGAACCUUUAUAAACUGUUCCUCCCCACUCAAACCCAGACCAGCCCUGGAGGAGUACAAGCAGAUCCACAGAAACAUUCCCCUUGUGCCUCAGACCUCCAUACUCAGGUCUCCUUAAUGAACGGAUGAGGACCAUCUACAGCCCUGAGAGGUCAGGACCUGGAACGUGCCUGGUUGAAACCUGCAUGGUGUACAUUAGACAAGACCAGAUGACAAAGAGAGAGCACAGACAUAGAGCACAGACAUAGAGCACAGACAGAGAGGACAGACAGAGAGGACAGACAGAGAGGACCUAGAGAGAGGACAGACAGAGAGGAUAGAGAGAGAGAACAGACAGACAGGACAGACAGAGAGGACAGCGCUGCAUCACCAAGGUCACACAGACAGACGGACAGAGUUUUAUGACAGCAAUGCACUAUUUACUCAUCACACGUAUAAAACGUAAUAUUCUGUUUCUCCUGUUGUUAGUAAAUUGUUGGGUCAUUUCUAAGUCUUGUCCAAAAUGGCAACCUAGUCCCUUAAUAGUGCACUACUUUUGACCCGGGCCAGUAGUGCACUAUCUAGUGAAGAGGGUGCCGUUUGGAACUCCCUCCUGCUCUUGAUGAAUUUCGCUGGACAUUUCUAUGUUCUGUUGUUGCUAUAAUUAAUGAUGAUAUCACACCUGACUGUUCUCUAGUUCUCAUGAAGACAUGUACCCAUCUCUACUAUCUCUACCAUAGCCUCAGACAUCUCUACUGCUACCAGUCUCUUACCCCUCUCCUCAGGGGACCCUCAGACAUCUCUACUGUCUCUUACCCCUCUCCUCAGGGACCCUCAGACAUCUCUACUGUCUCUUACCCCUCUCCUCUGGGGACCCUCAGACAUCUCUACUGCUACCAGUCUCUUACCCCUCUCCUCACCGGACCCUCAGACAUCUCUACUGCUACCAGUCUGUUACCCCUCUCCUCUGGGGACCCUCAGACAUCUCUACUGCUACCAGUCUCUUACCCCUCUCCUCAGGGGACCCUCAGACAUCUCGACUGCUACCAGUCUCUUACCCCUCUCCUCUGGGGACCCUCAGACAAUUCACAAUGUUGAUAUAUCCCUGACGUAGCUCACCUGAUUCACCUAUAAGGGCCUGAUUAUUAGUUGACAAGUUGAAUCAGGUGUGCUAGCUGUGGUAUAGGUAAAAUACAUUGAAUGUCUGGGGGUCCAAGAGAAGAGGUUUGGAACAGCUGGGGUUCCCGAGGAUAGGUUUGGAACAGCUGGGGGUCUCAGAGGAUAGGUUUGGAACAGCUGGGGGUCCUGAGGAGAGAUUUGGAACAGCUGGGGGUCCAGAGGAGAGGUUUGGAACAGCUGGGGGUCUCAGAGGAGAGGUUCGGAACAGCUGGGGGUCCUGAGGAGAGGUUUGGAAUAGCUGGGGGUCCUGAGGAGAGGUUUGGAACAGCUAGUUGUCCUGAGAAGAGGUUUGGAACAGCUAGGGGACCCAGAGGAAAGGUUUGGAACAGCUGGGGGUCCAGAGGAGAGGUUUGGAACAGCUGGGGGUCCAGAGGAGAGGUUUGGAAGAGCUAGGGGUCUCAAAGGAGAGGUUUGGAACAGCUAGUUGUCCCGAGGAGAGGUUUGGAACAGCUAGUUGUCCUGAGGAGAGGUUUGGAACCGCUGGGGGUCCUGAGGAGAGGUUUGGAUCAGCUGUGGGUCAUGAGGACAGGUUUGGAACAGCUGGGGGUCCAGAGGAGAGGUUUGGAACAGCUGGGGGUCUCGGAGGAGAGGUAUGGAACAGCUGGGGGUCCUAAGGAGAGGUUUGGAACAGCUAGUUGUCCCGAUGAAAGGUUUGGAACAGCUAGUUGUCCCUAGGAGAGGUUUGGAACAGCUAGUUAUCCCGGGGAGAGGUAUGAAACAGCCUGGGGUGUCAGAGGAGAGGUUUGGAACAGCUAGUUGUCCUGAGGAGAGGUUUGGAACAGCUGGGGGUCUCCGAGGAGAGGUUUGGAACAGCUAGUUGUCCUGAGGAGAGGUUUGGAACAGCUAGUAUUCCUGAGAGGAGGUUUGGAACAGCUAGUUGUCCUGAGGAGAGGUAUGAAACAGCCUGGGGGUGUCAGAGGAGAG